CAGACACACAUUCAAUUCAAUAAAAGCAGUUUAAAUUUUAACACAUGUCCAAUAUGUCCGCAAAUCUCCCAACUAUUUCCGUAACUGCCGAUAAACCCAAUGAAACUGAUUUGUCGGAUGAUGACUCCGAUAAUAGCAACGACAUGGACUAUAAUCAAAACGAAGGAGGAGUAACUGAUGUAGAGGAUUUCGAUAGCCAAGCAGAUGUUCGUUUAAGAAAAUCACCCAAUAAUUUAACAAAAGAAGAUGUGAAAGUAGAUAAUGAUGCAACUGAUAUAGAGGACUACAAUGAUUCAGGUUCAGAAGAUGAAGAGAAAAGCAAUAUUUAUCCAGAAUUGAAAAUAUCUUUACGGGAGUUUUUGCAACAAGGUUUGCAGGAACAAGAAUUUGUUGAUAAUGAAACUAAAGAAAGAGUAGAUUUUAAGGCUGGCGAUUUUUUGCAAGCACAAAAUCUAAAUAACGUACCUGACUAUUUAACGGAUUGUGAAGAUUAUAAUACAGACUCUGAAAUUGAUGCUAAUUACGAAAAAUCAGUUUGUGUAAAUUUAGAUAGUGUUGCAGAUAACCAGGGCAAAGUAUGCAUUACUGAUGAUGCAAAAGUAGAGAAUGCAGAUAAUGAUGAUGAUGAUGACGACGAUGAUGAUGAUGAUGAUAUUUCUGCUUUUAGUGAUGUAAGUAAUUUGGCAUUUGCGUUAUCUGAUGCGACUGGGGCUACGGGUGGAGUUGAUGAUCGAUUUGGUAAAGAAGAUGAACUUGUGCUUACAUCUGGUGAUGAAGAGGAAUGCCAAAUUGUUUACUCUGCUUCGGAUACUGAUGAAGAUAAAAACUGUGAAGGUGCCAGUAAUGCCUGUUUACCUCCAGUCGAUGUAAAGUUUGUGAGAGCUAAUUUUAAACGAAAUAGUGCUGGCACUUCUGCAAUUAGAAAAAGUAAUAAACCAUUUUUAACGGUUUGCCCAAUAAACGAUGAUGUACUCACAGAUAUAGAAAGAUUAGAGGAUUCUGCCGCUGAAAAUGAAAGUUUCGAUAACGAAGAAGAUAAUGAGAAACCAAUUCCGCGUGCCAUAAUUCUUGCACCUGGCGAUGAUGGUGCCUGUCAUACUGAUGUAGAAGAUAUACUUUGUGAAGAUUCUUUACCUACAUCUAGUACUGCCUCUGAACCGUUAGUUGUGGCGGCGAAUGUUUUACCACCGUCGCAACGUGAAGUGGUUACGCUUAAAGAAGAUAAGUUUGGCGAUACUACAAUGAGUGUUAUGCCUAUGGAUAAAGAUUUUCAAUUUGGUAUAUAUAACAAUUUCAAAAAUGAUGAUCUAACUGAUUCAGAAGAUAUAUCGUGUGUAGAAGACUACGGCAGGAAACAAUCCAUAGCUGUUGAAAUUUUAACCGCGAAUGCAGAGGGUGAACACACAGUGUUUAACGAAGUACUUAAACCAACUGUUAGUAAACGUACUGAAAUGCAUUCUAAUACAGAAUCUGUUACGGAUGUUGAAGAGAUUUACGUUGCUGGCACAAAUAGACGAAAAAAACUAAAGACACGCAGUACAAGUAAAGCCAAAACAAAAUUUUUAGAUGUAGCCAAUGUCGUGGAUGGGGCAACUGAUGUCGAAGAUAUGGAAUUAAGUGAAAAUGGUUUACCACCAAAUGUGAAACGAAGUGCAGUAAAUAAACAAUCUAAACAGUAUGCGGAUAAAGUAACUGAUAUUGAAGAUAUAACAGCUGAUGAAGCCUCCGAUGUUUCAGAUAAUGAAGCACCAUCAAUUAAUGCCAAUACCCCAGCACUAAAACGUUAUGAGGAGAACUCCACUAAUAUUGUAUUAACACAAGAAAGUGAUGGAGCCAAAAUUUGUGCCAAACACGACAAGACCAAUAUAAAUACUUUAAAAAUAAAUAUGCAGAAGGAUGAUCAUAUAAGUCAGCUAACCGACACUGAGGAUAUACAGCUGGCGUCCGAUGAAGAAUGGGUGAGUGCAGAAAAGGAAAGUAACGGUGCCUGUAGUGAGUUCAAUGAUAUGCUAAACGAAAGCUAUACAGUAGUGCAUGAGAAAACUGGAAGUACUUUCAAUAUGGAUCGAGAAAAAUUGCAUGUUAAGAACAUUAAUGAGUUAAGCGAAGCGCAUACAGAUAUUGAGUAUGUAGAAUCUGAUGAACCAACUGCACGAGAAGGAAACUAAUAAAUGCUUCAUAAAUAAGUCAAUUAACACUUAAUUAUUAUAAUAUAUAUACAAAAAUAUCAUAUAAAUU